UUCCAUACAAAGGGUUAACCUCCAUGCGUCACCCAUGACGUCACUCUUACGUCCAUCUUCUUCUGUACAUAAUCUAACCUCAAUGUCCACCAAUGCAAACCAUGCAUUCAUCUUCAAUCUCAAGAUCACCAUCAAUGGCGGACAACCAUCAACCCCACUUCCUCUUCAUCACAUACCCCGUACAAAGCCAUAUAAACCCAUCUCUCCAUCUCGCCAAGCACCUGGCAACCACCACCGGCGCCGCCGUCACUUUCUCCACCAGCAUCUCCGCUCACCGCCGAAUGUUCUCCUCUACUCCCAACUCCGACAAAGACUUCAACGAUGGUCUCAUCACUUACCUCCCUUUCUCCGAUGGCCUCGAGAGUCACAUUCGUGGCACCAUGGAUGCCAAGGAGUACCUCUCAGUCUUCAGAACAAAUAGUAAACGCAACGUUUCUAUCCUCGUUAACGAACUCUUCGCCGGUGGCCGGCCAGUUACGUGCAUGGUUCACACCUUCUUGUUAAACUGGGUGGCUGACAUCGCCGGCGAGUAUGGAAUCCCUUCAGUUCUAUUUUGGAUACAAGCCGCAACCGUGUUCGCCACGUAUUACCACUUCUUUCAUGGCUUUGAAAGUCUCAUCAAAGCUCACUCCGAUGAACCUUCAUUUAGUGUUUGCUUGCCAGGUUUGCAGCAGCUCCAAAUCAGAGACUUGCCAUCGUUUCUCAUGGCCACCGACUCCGAUAGCCACUACGCCACCAUUCUCGAUUCUUUUAGAGAGCUGUUUGAGAUAUUGGAUAGAGAACAAGAGAGGGUAAAGCCUAGAGUGUUGAUAAACACCUUCCAGGAAUGGGAAACUGAUGCUUUAGCUUCAGUCAGUACUGAGAUUGAAACCAUACCUGUUGGACACUUGCCAAAAGAGUACACCAACUCCGGCGCCGGAUAUCUUUUCAAGGAAGACGAGAAGAAGUAUAUGGAGUGGCUGGACACGAAGGAGGAGGAAUCAGUGGUGUAUAUAUCAUUCGGCAGUCUGUCAGUGAUGAAGAAGGAGCAGAUAGAGGAGAUAGUGCAAGGGUUGAAGGAGAGCAAGAGACCAUAUCUAUGGGUUGUGAGAAAGGAUAACAGAGAGAAAGAACUAAUAGAGAUUGAAGAAGAAGAAGGAGAGGAUGUCAAUGGGAUGAUGGUGGAGUGGUGUUCACAAGUGAGAGUGUUGGCGCACAAGGCUGUUGGAUGUUUUGUGACACACUGUGGAUGGAACUCAACUUUGGAGAGCUUGGCGUGCGGCGUGCCAAUGGUGUGCGUGCCACAGUGGUCGGAUCAAGGGACGAAUGCGAAGUUGGUGGAGAGUUUGUGGGGGUGUGGAGUGAGGAGUGAGGUUGAUGCUGGUGGUGUUGUUAAAGGAGAAGAGCUUGUGAAGUGUUUCGAGUUGAUCAUGGGGAAUGGAGAGAAGGGUGUUGAGAUUAGGACAAAGGCUAAGAUGUGGAAAGACAAGGCUAUGGAUGCUGGGAUUGAAGGUGGAUCGUCUGAUCUUAAUCUUAAGGCCUUUGUUGAUAAGAGCUGUGGAAGAGUUUAGUUUUAUCUGGUAAGAUUUUUGCUGGUUUGUUUUUAUUUUUAUUUGGUAAAUUUCUUAAUUUGGAAAUAAAAAUAACACCAAAAAAUAAAGUCCAUGGUGUAACUUUGUAAUGGGAUAAAUGGUGAUUAGUUUCAGCCGAACU